AUGACUUCUCAAAUCAAGCGCUAUGUCAUUGUAGGCAUGGGCGUCCGCUCAGCCUUUUACUACCAAAGCAUCAUCAAAGACUUCAAAGAUGUUGCCCAAGUCGUAGGUAUCUGCGAUACCAACCAAACGCGCAUGAAGGCUGCCAACGACCGCAUUGCCGAAAUCGGCGGCGAACGCGUACCCAUGUACAAGGCAGAAGACUUUGACAAGAUGGUCAAGGAACAAAAGGCAGACGUCGUCAUUGUCACUACCAUCGACCGCUUCCACCAUGUCUACUGCAUCCGAGCCAUGGAGCUGGGCUGCGAUGCCAUUACUGAGAAGCCCAUGACUAUCGACGAAGAGAAGCUGCAGGCUAUGAUUGAUGCGGAGAAGAAGACGGGCAAACAAGUUCGUGUUCUGUUCAACUACCGAUAUGCACCACAUCACACCAAGAUGCGCGAGCUCAUCGACUCGGGUGUCAUUGGCGAGAUCUCAACGGUACACAUGGACUGGAUUCUAGAUUGCGCACACGGAUCCGACUUCAUGCGUCGGUGGCAUAGGAACAAGGAUACCAGCGGUGGUAUCCAGAUGCACAAGUCGAUCCACCACUUCGACCUAGUCCAUUACUGGCUCAAUACAGAGCCUGAAAUGGUCUACUGUCUGGGCAGCCUGCGCUUCUACGGCCGAGAGAAUGCCGAGCGACGCGGAGAAAAGAAUCUCGGGGAACGCUAUCUCAACAACGAAGCUGCCAAGGAUGACCCUUUCGCCAUACACAUUGACCAGAAUGCCCAGCUGAAGAAACUGUACCUUGAGGCCGAGCACGAGGAUGGCUACAUUCGCGACCGGAAUUGCUUCGCUGAUGGCAUUACCAUUGAAGACAAUCUCUCCAUGAUUAUCAAGUACAAGGACCAAAGUGUCAUGACAUACAACACCUACGCAUAUGCACCAUGGGAAGGCUACCGCUGUGUGUUCAAUGGUAGCAAAGGCCGUAUUGAGAUCAACGUCGUUGAAGGAGGAUACUCGGCUGGUGGCGAGACGGUUACCAACGAAGGUAUUGGCGACCUCGAGGCCAACUACAUUCAAGGCGGGGUAGAGAAGACGAACAUUGUCGUAUAUCCUUUGUGGGAAAAGCCGUAUGUUGUUGAAGUCCAAAAGUCAGAAGGCGGACAUGGCGGAGGCGAUCCUCUUCUCCUGCGCGAUGUGCUUGUUGGUGAUACUGCAGACAACUUUAAGCGUGCUGCUUAUAUCCGGGAUGGAGGUAAUGCUGUGCUUGUCGGUGUUGGUGCGAAUAAAUCCAUGGAGUCGGGUAUGCCUGUGAAAGUGCAGGAUCUUGUCAAGUGGUAG